AUUUAUUAAAAAAAAGAGAAAAGAACUGUUUGACUGUCGUAAGGAGGAGCAAUCUUGAUUUCGAGUAUCAGAGAAUUCACCUGACGUCCAAUCUUUUCUUCUCCUAGGCGGCAGAAUGCUGCAUCUGCAGGAAGAAGACAGUCUCAAUGAUUCAGACGCUCCCUGCGCAUGUAGCUGUAGUUUCUAACUCCUGAAGAAAAGCAAUAGUUUGCAUUUGAUUUAGGGGAGCUGCAGGACUGCUGCGUUAUCUGGCUUUGGUUUGCGGUUCUGAAAUGAACAACAUGACUCAACACAACACUAACAAAAUAGUGAGUAGUUGGAGGAGACGAGAGCUGGGAUUUCUGAUUCUCUAUGCGUUAUCUUUUUACUUCUUUAUCAUCCGCCGUUCCCUUCAUCUUUCACGAGAUCACUAUGUCAAACUCUAUGGCUUGCGCUCUGGUUGGAUCUUUCCUCCUCGUCUAAAUGAUUUAUCAGAUGCCCAGUGGAGAAACUUUCGAGGAAAUCUGCCCAUUCUAACCACUGUUUUCCUAAUUUACGCUUUGGUGGCAAAUACUUUGAGAUCCGUGUUUCUUCUAAGGGCUAAGGGAAUGUCAAUUGUCUGGCUUAUACUUUCUUUCACUUACCUUUUCUACCUCCAUCAAGCUUGUAUCAUAUUCAUCAUCUCAAUUGCCUUGCUCAAUUUUCUUCUUGUUAAGGUUUUUGCUCGAACAAAGUUCUUUUUAUAUCUACUCUGGACUUUCAACUUAUUUUUCCUUCUUAGUAAUCGUGUAUUUGAAGGUUAUUCGUUCUCUGCAAUUGGACUACGGUGGUCAUACUUGGACAACUUUCGAGGAACAUUUAGGUGGCACAUUUGCUUUAACUUUGUUGUCUUGCGCAUGAUAAGCUUUGGAUAUGACUACCACUGGGCACAUGACCAUUCUCAUUUUGAUCAGAAGAAGCAUAGUCAACGUUGUCAAGUUUGUAAAUCAGGAAGAACUUGCUACCAACUUUUACAGGAGAGAGGUGUCCAAGAUGACAAAUUUACAUUUACCUUAUACCUCUGCUACUUGGUCUAUGCGCCUCUUUAUCUUGCUGGGCCAAUUGUGAGCUUUAAUGCAUUUGCCUCGCAGAUAGACGUGCCUCAGAAUAACUAUAAACUUAGAGACUUGGCUUGGUAUGGUUUACGUUGGACAUUCUGCUUUUUCCUAAUGGAAGUAAUGACGCAUCUAUUUCGUUACAAUGCCUUAGCUAUCAGUGGUUUGUGGAAACAGUUAUCACCACUGGACGUGUUCAUCAUCGGAUAUGGGGUCUUAAAUUUCAUGUGGCUAAAGUUUUUGCUCAUAUGGCGUUACUUCCGCUACUGGUCCCUGAUUUAUGGCAUUGAUUCCCCAGAAAAUAUGCCGAAGUGUAUCAAUAAUUGCUACGACUUGGAGGGCUUCUGGAAAAGUUGGCAUGCUUCUUACAAUAAAUGGAUUGUCAGGUACAUGUACAUUCCUCUUGGGGGAUCGAAAAGGAAGGUGUUCAAUGUGUGGAUUGUAUUCACAUUUGUUGCAAUUUGGCAUGAUUUAGAAUGGAAGCUCCUAUGUUGGGCAUGGUUGACAUGUUUAUUCUUUGUUCCUGAAAUGGUUGUCAAGUCAGCAGUGAGUACGUUUAAGGCUGAGAGUGCUGUGACAGAGUUUGUUUUCCGCGAACUUAGUGCGAUUGCUGGAGCCAUCACAAUCACAUGUCUCAUGGUUGCAAACCUAGUUGGGUAUGUUAUUGGACCAUCAAGCAUUAAUUCUUUGGCAUCUAGAUUCCUGAACAAACAAGGACUUCCUGUUCUGGGCGGCAUGUUUGUAACAUUUUAUGUGGGGACAAAGCUCAUGCUUCACAUCCGUGAUGCGGAACGGAAGAGGCAAUAAGUGUUUUGACAAACUCUCUUGGCUGAAGAACAAGAGUUCAAGUCGAAACAUCAACCAUAGUGUCUACGCGUAUGGUCUAUUGUCAUGCAUAUCAAUUUGCAAAUCAUGUUCUUCUUGAGAUGAUAUUCUUGUUUUCAAACUUUUAUUGGCCACCAUAUUCAGCUCUGCAGAAAGGAACUACAUCGUUUAGUGAUCGGCCUUAUAUGCAUCCUUAUUUCUGUGAAAGAUUAAUUAGUACAAGUCCCUAUUUUAGAUGUCUUUCCACCAAGGGAGUUUACCAUUUUCUUUUUUUUGCAGAUUAUAAUGUACAAAUGUUGCCAUAACUUGGAGUUUAGGAACUUGAGGAAUUUCAUGGUUUCAUAAUAUCUUAACUUCGACGAA